CAAAAUUAGAAUGGGAUUUAUGAUUUUAUAGAACUGAAAAUUCACAUUACUAAAUUUCUUUGAGAAAUACUUCUAUAGGAAAAGGAAAAUUUGUAAAGAUUUUCUUCACAUAAACGACUCCACAGCAAAUAAAAAAAUGGACCAGAAAAAGGAUGAAAUCGAACAGCGUAAAUCGGCGAAGAAAUCGGUGAUAGUCACCGAAGAGAUACCCGAUUUGAAAGAUAAGAGAAAUAAGGAAAAGAAACCUGAACUUCAUUCUUAUGCCCAGGAGAUAAUGGCUGAUCUUGAAUAUCGUCAGCAGUUCAAGGUGACGGAGAAUAUUGAUGGGGAAGAAAUCGACCUGACACCCAAUUAUAUACCAGAUUUUCCAUAUGCCGACCAGUUUCUAACUUUCAAUGUGCACCUAAAACAUGAGAUGACCAAUAUGCAUUUAAUGCACUCCAGAAGUAGUGCUACCCGAUCUCGUACACGUCAGAGCAUGCGAGGCGGAGUGGGGGGCAAUAAGCAGUCCAUUGAUGAGCUCAUCAGUGGAAUCAUGUAUGAAACAAUCAUAUUUAAUCCGAAUAAGUAUGAGGAAAAGCCGGAGGAGCACUUGCCACAGUCUUUCAAGAAGUCCUAUGUCAAGAUCACACUGCGCAAAUCGGAGUUUUUCAAGAUCUUCAACCAGAUCAGCACCACAGUGGCCAAGGGCACACCACAGGGGGAUCAAGUCGAGGCAGAUAAUCGACAGUAUGAUUAUCUAACGGUGGGCAAGGGUAAAGUUCGUCGUCGAUCCGAUAAUGAUGCCCAGACAACGAUCGUGUUGACCAACAGUCGCGCCGUGAAUACCAUAUAUGUGGACUAUGCCACAGUGGGAUCAUAUGUAUCCAACUUUGAGAUGUACGAUACCCUAGAGGGUGUAGAGCAGAAGAAGAGUCGGUACAGCACCAUGCACAGUCUGUCGAAAGGUACUGCUGAAGAGGAAACUCAAAUGGAUGCGGCAGCUACCGCUUACUUUGAGGAGGAGGAGGCCAGGGAACGGGAGAAAGCCAAGAACAUGGCACAUCAGCUGUUUCGGAGUGAAACCUUCAAGACGGCUCUACUGUAUGUGGGCCGUACACUCUCCAGCAACCUCUACAAGGCAGGGAUGCAACGCUUCCGUAACUUCCGACAGGUCGAUCGCUGUUCCACGGACGCUCAGUACAAGUACUCGUUGAAGGUGCUUUUCCGACUGAUUCCAGUGCCCAGUAAUGAUGAGAGAAAAGCGAUCAGCGACAUUAGUUUCUGCACUAGUAACAGCGAUAUUUUGGCCAUUUCCUAUGGACUCUUCUCCUUCUCCUCACAGCAUGUGCCCAUGAGUGGAGACGUCUAUGUGUGGAGCAUUAAGAAUCCUGGAGAACCGGAGCGUGCGUAUUAUUACAAUAUUCCAGUGACAGCAAUUUGCUUCUCUCCCUAUCUGCCCUCCCUUAUCGCCAUCGGGCUGUACGAUGGCAGUGUUGAGGUGCGAGAUGUGUCGUUUGUCAACACUCCCACCAUUGCGGUCUCUCAGCGUAGCACCUCGCCGAGCUGUGCACCUGUUGUCGCCAUUCGUUGGCUCAAACAGGUCACCGAUAGUGAUGCCAAUGAGGUUGAUCCUUUCCUUAGCCUGUCCCAGGAUGGAUCCGUUACACGUUUCGGCUUAACAAAGACUCCCUAUUUGUUGGGAUUCACUCAGAUGACCUUGGAGCGCAUAGAGGGGCAUCCCGAGGGUAUCAGAGUGCCGCUAUCUCCCACCACAGUUAUAGAGUCCAACAGGCAUCCCCAGGGACUCUACAUUACCACGCAUCCAGUACACAAAGACAUUUACUAUAUUCUCACCGAUGAGGGUUGUAUUCACAAGUGCUCUAUUAACUAUCAACAUCAGUAUUUGGAGGUACUCAAGUGCCAUGAUGGCGGUGUUAAUGUCAUGGAGUUUUCGCCCUGGUCCCCAAAACUAUUCCUCACCUGUGGCAACGAUUGGUACGUUCGCAUUUGGAUCGAUGGCAUUACACGUCCCCUCAUCGAACUCCUGGAUGAUUUUCAACCCGUCCAUUGGGCCAAUUGGAGUCCUACUCACUCCACAGUUAUAGUAUCUAUGAAUCGGGAAUCGGUUAGCAUCUGGGAUAUACGACGCAACAUUCUAAAGCCAAUGGGAAAACACGAAAUGGAUUCUUCCUACAAUACUGUUGCCCAAUUCUCUAAUAGUGGCACCACUUUGGUGGUGGGCAAUGAACGUGGCAAUGCCUUGUUCCAGGCCCUUAAUGAUAUGCCCUUUCCACCACAUUUCCAAUAUGAUGAACUGGAGAAGGCCAUAUACAAGUCCAUGGGAAAUGAUCAGGAACUGUUCAUCGAGCUCAAGAGCAUCGGUUUCUUUGGCUAUCCCAAUAAGGUGUGCAUGAAACCAUAAAGAAUUUGAUUUAAAAAUAUUUUUUCAGACAUUUAGUUUAAAGAUAAUAAAUAAA